AUGGAAGACGACGAACUCGAACAGAUCCGCGCCCGCCGCAUGGCAGAACUCAGAGCUCAGUCCGGAGGCGCAGGAAGCAGCAUGGGUGGCCUCCCUGCCGGUCUGAGUAGUGGCAAGAAGGGCGAAGAGGAAAAGGCCAAGAAGGACCAAAUGGAAGAGAUGCGCCGCACUAUGUUGAUUCAAAUCUUGGACGGAGAAGCUCGCGAACGCUUGUCCCGUAUCGCCAUGGUGAAGGCGGACAAGGCUAGAGCUGUUGAGGAUCUUCUGCUUCGUAUGGCUCAGGGCGGUCAGGUCCGCUCCAAGAUCACAGAGAAGCAACUCAUCGAACUCUUGGAACAGGUCAAUCAGCAAACGAAAUCUGAGACAAAGAUUGUGUACAACCGUCGCCGUUACGACGACUCGGAUGACGAUGAUUAUGGCCUCUGA